CCGGACACCGCCCCGCCGUCGUCCCACAGUUCCGUGACAUGGCGUCGCUGAGGGUUCGGCGGCUGCUGGGGCCCGGACGGCGCUGGCUCUCAGAGACGGUGCCCGGCGCCCCCUCGCCGCCCGCCAGCCCUCUCUACCCACCCGUGGUGGCGUCCAUCACGGCUAAGAGCAAAGCGGCCAAGUCGCGACGCCUGCAGCGCUUCAACCAGCGGGUGCACGCGGCGGCCACGGUGGAGGAGAAGCUGCGGCUGUACGGGAAGCUGCAGCGGCCCAAGUACACGGUGUACCCGCAGACCUUCGCUCUGAACGCCGACCGCUGGUACCGCAGUUUCACAAGAACUGUCUUAGUGCCAGGGAUGCCUCCGAGAGCCGCGGCCGCGAAACCCCCGGUAACAGCGGCGGGAGCGACCCCCGAGGCCGGCAGAGCCCCGGAGCCGGGAGUGAAAGCGCCGGCGGCUGCGGAGGCUCCGGGGACUGCGGAGGCGCCGGGCGCCGCGAAAACCCCGGAGCCCGCGGCGGGGGCGGCGCCGCAAAUAGAUAUAGGCGAGCUGCGCUCUCUCGCUUGCGACGCCCUUCUCCAGGAGAGCUUCUACCAGAACAAGAAGCGGCCGUUUCUCUACCGCGACCAAGAUCACACUCCCGGCCCUUUCCUCACGCAGCUCGUUUCCACCCUCGCCGCUUCCCUGUCGGGUCGCAACCCACUGCUGGCUGCUUCCUCUCUCGAUCUAAACCCUGAAGUUAACUAUUACUGGCAUCAUGGCACGGAGGUUGUUGUUCAUGGACAUCGAAAGGGUAGAGUUGAUCCUGUGCGAUUCCAGAUAGAUGAUAACCCACACCUCCAGAUCCGUGUACCAAAGCAGCUUCCCGAGGUUGUACCCCUGGAGUCAGAUCUUGGAGAUGUUCCUGUUAUUGAUCACAAACCAUCCAAACUGCCAUUGUUCAAAAAACAGUAUGAAAAUAAGGUAUUUAUAGGAUCAAAGGUGGCAGAUCCAUGCUGUUAUGGACAUACCCAGUUUCAUCUCCUUCCUGACAAACUGAAGCGGGAGAGGUUUAUAAGAGAGCGUCUUGAGGAUCAGAUUGAAGUUGUUUAUCGAUCGAAUGGAAUUGCAAGUCUCUUUGCCUGGACAGCAGCACAAGCAAUGUAUCAAGGAUUCUGGAGUGAAGCAGAUGUGACCCGUCCUUUCGUAUCACAGGCAGUAGUGACUGAUGGAAAAUACUUUGCUUUCUUUUGUUACCAGCUAAAUACUUUAGCACUAACUGCAGAAACUAUUAAAAACAACACUCGAAAGAAUAUCUGUUGGGGUACAGACAGUAAGCCACUGUACGAUGUUGUGGAAGAUGGUAAUGUGAAAGGCUUUAAUGAUGAAGUUCUGCUUCAGUUGGUUCAUUUUCUACUAAACAGACCAAAAGAGUUGUAAACCAUUAAAACACACGGCAAGUAUGUGCCUGAACUUCAUUGUGACUCCAUGAAGUAUGAGCUAUGCUAUGCCUUGAUUUUAGUCAGGUAUUUGUCUAGCAAACACUAUAUACAUAUUUUAUUAUAUUUGGGCCUUCUUUCUUUUUUCUUUUUUAAUGUAUACUGUACACUGGCAAAUAAAUGUCUAGAAUACCUUAAAGUCUUUCGUAUAGUUACUCUUAAAAGCCUGCUGUGCUAAUUCAGUAUCAUGUGAUUAUUUUUUUAGUAGAUCCACCCGUCCAUGUUGAACUGUCACAACAAAGUAUUAAUUCAUAUGACUGUCUGAAUAUCACUAGGAAAUAGCUACCAUGAUACUCAGCACUGAUGAUAAAUUUCUGAUUUUGUGCUUGAGUUAAAUGCUUAUUCAGUCUAAAGAAAAAGUGAACUCAGAAUAAAAUGAAUGGUUGGCAAUUAGUUGCAUAGUAAAAUAAAUCUUUAGACAUGGUAGUACAAACAUAACGAAACUUGCUCCAAAGAUUGUGCAUGUGGACAUAGAUUGUAUGCAUGUGGAUGUGCAUACAGUUUUAAGCUGUCACCUCCAGAACCACAGAGAUCUCUCAAAUAUAUUUGGAGAGUACUGUUUUCCCUUUAGUGUGAGUCCUUGGUUUCAGCUGUUGGUAUCUUGAGUGUUAAUUCUGAUGAUACUGGGAUGUCUUAGGAGUGUUUUUAAUAGACCGCAACGGAGCCGAGCCACAGCUAGCAUGUCUGAUUUAUAAAAUGCGACGCUACACAGUCAUGGAGUAGUUUGGGUUGGCAGGGACCAUUAUUCCAAGCCUACAGUGAGCUGGGACACCUGCAGCUAGAUCAGGUUGCUCAGACCCCUGUCCAUCCUGACCUUGAAUGUUUCCAGGGAUGGGGCAUCCAUCUACCACUUCUCUGAGCGACCUGUUUUACCAUGCUCAUUGUAAAAAAAUUUCCAGCGUAUUUAGCCUAACUGAACUCUCUUUUAGUUUAAAACAUUACCCACCUUGUCCUGUUGAAACAGGCACUGCCAAGAUAUAAUAACUGGUUAGGGGUAUUUAGUUAACAAAGUGUAACUGGUUCUAAGGUAACUAAAUGCACCUAGAAUUUUAUGUUAUUUCAUCCACUGUACUUGAAUCUUUCCAGAAUUUUCCAGUGCUCUUGUGAAGUUGCAGAUAGUUUGUUAUUAAACAAAAUACUGAAUAAUUGAAA